AGAGGAGGAGAGGGAGGCAGAUCGAGGAGAAGCAUGAAGAACACCCCCGGUAUCUAAGCUAACAGACAGCAUAUCGUCCUCCCUCGCUCUUUAGGGGCCGACUGGAAGCGGAGGGAGGCAGCGGGGCUGAGGACAGUAUGGAGGAGAAGAAGCAGUUUCUUUGUGGGGUGGUGGAAGGUUUCUAUGGGAGGCCUUGGACUAUGGAUCAGAGGAAGGUUCUCUUCCACUGGAUGCAAAGUUGGGGGUUGAACACCUACCUGUACGGCCCAAAAGAUGACCUGAAACACAGACUAUUGUGGAGAGAAGUCUACUCUCAUGAAGAGGAGGGUCAGCUGCCGUAUUCUCAUUAAGGAGGCCCGGUCCAGAGGCCUGAAGUUUGUUUACGCCCUCUCUCCUGGUCAGGACAUCGUCUUCUCUUCUUCCUGUGACCUGACACUACUGAAACGCAAACUAAGACAGGUAUCAGACCUGGGCUGCCAGGCAUUUGCUAUUCUGUUCGAUGACAUCGAUCACUCCAUGUGUCAGGCUGACAGCGAGGCCUUUUCUUCAUUCGCUCAUGCUCAAGUCACUGUAACCAAUGAGAUGUAUCGGUUCUUGGAGGAACCGCCCGUCUUUCUAUUCUGCCCUACAGAGUACUGCGGCUCUCUGUGUUCUCCCAGCGUAUCAAAGUCUCCCUACCUGCAGACUGUCGGAGAGGACCUGCUGCCUAACAUAACAGUGAUAUGGACGGGCAGUAAGGUCAUCUCCAGGAAACUGUCUGUAGACUGCCUGGCUGAGGUAGAGUCUGUCCUCCAGCGCCCUCCGCUCAUCUGGGACAACCUGCACGCUAAUGACUACGACUCCAGACGUCUCUUCCUGGGGCCUUUCAAGGGCAGAGAGCCUCAGCUGAGGAGCCACCUGAGAGGCCUGUUACUCAACCCCAACUGCGAGUUUGAAGCCAACUACAUCCCUCUUCAUUCGCUGGGCAGCUGGUACACAGCUGGAAAAGAGGAGAGGAAAGAUGAGGAGUGUGAAUACUGUCCUGAUAGAGCUCUGUCUGCUGCUCUACAUGAUUGGAUGGAGGAACUCAACCAACCACUACAAGCAGGUCGGCAGAGCACGCGAGCAGACCAGCGUUCCUCUGCUUCAACAACUCGCUGCAAAACCCCCGACAGAUCCGACUGCUCUUCCACCUUCAGAGGAACCUCUGUCGUGGACAAGCUCCCCGUUUUCCCCCUGAACUCCAGCUCACCUCCAUCAUCACCCACUAAGGCCAAGGGGGAGACGGAGACAGAGAAGAAGAGAGUAAACCAGUCUACUCAACCCAACCACCAACCUCAAGCACCCAGGCCUGGCGCACCCUCUGGCGGUGGCAGGGGGCAGAAGGCCCAGGGCUGGGCGCUUUGUGGUGGGAAGGGCCUGCUAAGUGAGUCCCAGGUGCGGCUGCUGGUUGGUCUUUAUUAUCUGCCCCACGAGUAUGGUCCGUCCGCCCAGAAACUGCUGCAGGACCUGAGCUGGCUGAAAGCAAACUGCCACCUGGUCAGCUCUAACAGUAAGAAGACGCCGCCUCAGAAGAUCGAUGAGUGGCGUGGCCGGUCCUCCAGGGUCCUGUCCCUGUGUGAAGACAUAGCGCAGCUCCACUGCAGCGUGGUGGGAGGGGCCAACAGGGCCGUGCUCUAUGACCUUUACCCUUACGUGUGGGACCUGAGGAACACGGCUCUGGUGGCUAAAGCAUUCAUAUGCUGGCUGGAUGGACGAGUGUUGAGUGACAGCUCCACUCUGGGCACCUGGAAGAACUGCUUCCACUGGUGCGGGAAGACCACAGGGGCAGACCUACUGGGAGUGGAAUCAGAACCAUGGGUGUUCAAAGGGGGCGUGUCCGGGGAGGUGCAGAUGCUUCUCCCAAUAGGCAGCAGCAGUGAACUCUUCACUCAUCCGCCUCCUCUCUUCCCUACCUCGCGUCUCUAUAACAUCCGGCCCUAUCACGGCAAAGACAAGUUGGAGUUGUAUCGGAUGGUGCGCCAACUCCACCUGAGGACUCAGGGUGGCCAAGAGUCCAGUCUUCACCCAGAUGUCAUAGGAGACAGAUGUCUCGGACCUUGCCUGGUGUUGUGCCCGGAGUACUGUUUCAUCCUGGAGGAUGAACUGGGUGUGUGUGGCUGUGUGUUGGGCAUCUUGGAUGUUCGCUUGUUUGGCAAGCGGUGCCAGGCCAGCUGGAUGCCUGCCAUGAGGGACAAAUACCCAACUAAAGGGGGCAACAUACACCCAAACACACAGGACUUGAUCCAGCUGAUGGAGGAGGACCAGGGGGAGUACCCAGAAUCUCUCCUCUAUCACUUCCCCUCUCAGCUGCGGCUGGACGCGCUGCCUGAGCUGGUGGACGUCAGCGUCAGCCGCACUCUGCUCACCGCCCUGCUCACUGCACUCAAGGCCAACGGUUCUCAGGGUGUGUUCUGCGAGGUGCAGCCGACUGACCGUCAGAGGCUGGAGUUCCUGACAAAACUGGGCUUCCUGGAGAUCCUCAGAGGAGAAGCGAGGAGCAGAGAGGGAGUGGUGCUGGGGAGGCUGCUCUGAACAGAAACCAACACUCACACGGUUACACACACAUACACACCUGCACACAUACAGGCAAUUACACACAGAACAAAGUGACAACACAGUAUGUUCAGUACAGCGUAGAGACGGCUCAGCUCUUCAAACAAGCAGGAUGUGCAUAUUUCCUUUAUUAAAAAGGAACAAUCUGGGAUUCCUUUGAGCCUGUGUGGCAGCAGUAAUGGGGAUGAAUGGAGAUUUCUGAAGGAUUUACAAAAUAUAAAAUAAACCUUCAGCAGAGCUGUGCUAAUCUUUCUUGGAUUCCACCCCUGGCUACGGAUUACAAGAUUUAAUGAAGUUAGAAGGAAGUCCACGACAGGAUAGUUUGAGAACACUGGGAGCAGAGCAGGAGAUCAGCAGCUACAACCUCCUCUGAGGGCAUGUCUUUGGCUCGGUUUAUCAGUCUGUUUCUUCGGUCUGUCUUUCAGCAGGAUAAGGGAAAAACUACAGGCCCGAUAUUCAUAUAAAUUGGUGGCAGGGUGCACCGUGUGCAGAGGGAAAACCCAUUAAAUGUUGGAGCAUGGAGUCUCAGAAUAAUUGGAAAAAUUAGCUUCUGACUGGGAAAAUCCCUGUGAACGCCCCUCAAGUAGGAACAUCUCAGAAACAGCU